UAAAUUGUGAGCUAAAAAAGAAAGCAUUUUUUAUUUGUUGCUUUCGAUAUCACUGUGUCAGUGGUUACUCACUGUCACUGAGCUACCCUCUCAGCUCGGCGAUGCUCUCUCUCCACCGUCUCCCCGGCGUCCCCACCGCCAAACCACCACUUUUUCCGUCUACCUCAACCUUCACCCACCCACCACGACGACCUACAUUCCUCUUCCCCCAAUCCAAAACCCUACCAAAACCCCCAAAAUUCCACAAAUCCCCCACCGCCCUCCUCCAGUGGAACCGCAAACCCCAGCUCUCCGGCGAAACCCCCCGCGUAGUCGUCGUCACCUCCGGAAAAGGCGGCGUCGGUAAGACCACAACCACCGCCAACAUCGGCCUCUCCCUCGCCAGACUCGACUUCUCCGUCGUCGCCAUCGACGCCGACGUCGGCCUCCGCAACCUCGACCUCCUCUUAGGCCUCGAGAAUCGCGUGAACUACACCGCCCUCGAGGUUCUCAACGGCGAUUGCAGGCUCGACCAGGCUCUCGUCAGGGACAAGCGUUGGUCCAACUUUGAAUUGCUCUGCAUUUCAAAGCCUAGGUCAAAAUUGCCCCUAGGGUUUGGAGGAAAAGCCCUAAUUUGGCUCGUCGAUGCUCUCAAAUCGCGCACAGAAGGUUGCCCUGACUUCAUCCUCAUUGAUUGCCCCGCCGGCAUCGACGCUGGAUUCAUCACCGCCAUAACGCCGGCGAACGAGGCAAUUCUGAUAACCACACCAGAUAUAACUGCCCUUAGAGAUGCUGAUAGGGUUACUGGUUUGCUUGAAUGUGAUGGAAUUAGGGACAUAAAGAUGAUUGUGAAUAGAGUCAGGACAGAUAUGAUUAAGGGUGAGGACAUGAUGUCUGUUCUUGAUGUACAAGAAAUGCUAGGGUUGCCGCUGCUCGGAGCGAUUCCGGAGGAUUCGGAGGUUAUAAGGAGUACCAAUAGAGGGUACCCUUUGGUUCUGAAUAAGCCUCCAACAUUGGCAGGGUUGGCAUUUGAGCAAGCAGCUUGGAGGCUUGUGGAGCAAGAUACAAUGCAAGCUGUCAUGGUUGAGGAGGAGCCAAAGCGUGGCUUUUUCUCCUUCUUUGGUGGCUAACUAGAACACAAUGAAUCCAAGUUUGGAAUGUUUUUUCAAAUUUCAACUUUGCUUGUGAUUGGUUUUUUGGUUCUGUUUUCAAGUUAGUGUGAUUUUGUUUGCUUCUUAUUUUAGGAUGGAGUAUUGCAAAUUUGUUAUCAUGUGUAGGUGGUAGUGGGAGAGGAGCAAGGAGGAAGCUGUGUACAGUUUUGGGGGGUGUUGUUUAUGCCUUGGAACAUGGAACAAAAUUCUCUCCUUGAUGAGUAAGUUUACACUUCACCAUGCAUGAUAAGUUCAUUUUUGUUUCUAAAUUCUAAUGCAGCAUGUAGUAGUGUGUCACUGAUAAAAAUCUGCUUAAUAUGAUGCGAAACUUGAUCCCUGCUAUGAUUUUAUAAUGUUAUGGAAGGUUUGUCCUUCUCAGCAA